AUAUGCUAGAGAUGGUAGUGGAGAUGAAUGUCGCUUCUCUUAUAUAUACGACUCUACUUUUUAUUCUGUAAUUGUAAGGUUAUAUUUGUCGCAUUUGCACGAUUUCCACGAUUCAUUCGAUAAUGAAUGUUGUGUACGGUCGUGUUACAUCUCGCAUCGGAUCGCUUAUACUUACGAGAGAUGUGUCAGUAUGUUGUUGUAAGCGAAAAGACAAUUUUCAAGAUAACAAGUUAAUUCAUCCGGAAGGUCAAGAGCCUGAUAUUCCACGUUACGUGAAACGAGAAGGAGAAAAUGCCAAUCUCAAACGAGCACGAUUGACAUAUCAAUCUCGUAAACGUGGCAUGUUGGAGAAUGGUAUACUUCUUAGUACCUUUGCAAACAAAUAUUUGAAUACGUUUGAUGAUAAACAAUUAAGAUUAUAUGAUCAACUUAUAAAUUUACCAUCCAACGAUUGGGAUAUAUUUUAUUGGGCAACUGGUGUCAAACCAACUCCACCUGAAUUUGAUAAUGAAGUGAUGGACUUGCUGAAAAAUCAUAUUCAGAAUGAAGACCGACAAGCUGGGAUAAUGCAACCAGAUUUAUAAAUAAUAUAUUAUGGAUACGUUUUGAUAUUCACAGUUACUGAAGAAAGUCUACAGUCCACAUAAUGUAUACUAUAUAUUAGUUUAAGCACUGGCGCAGUGUCCUCUAGGGACUCUAGGACGGUGAAUAUCGGAAUGCACUCUAUGUAGCAAAUGUUAAAAGAACCUAACCUAAUGUAUACUUAAUAAAUACUUAGUAUAUAAUAAUCUA